AUGCUUGAGCUCCGGUUGCGCGCAUGCAGCAGCAUUCCCGCUCUCAAGUCCUUCCCGUUCUUUGCUUUCAGCAUGAACCGCUUCGGAGGAUCUCAUCCGCUUCGCGAUCUGGCCCGUGGCUUGCGGUAUGCCCAGGCUGGCUUGGGAUCCGGCCCAACUACGCCGUCCCUUGGACCUGGCCCGGCUGCUGCGGUCAUUGAUCCGCCGGCCCAGCAUCAGACUGCCUCGGCCGCCAAUGCUGGUGAUGGGCAGCCGGCCGCCGUCCCUGAUCCGGCCCCGGCUGUCGCUGCUUCCAAUAUGGCCACCCAAGACCCGGUUAGCACGGCCACACCGGCCCCGGUGCCUGCCGCUGCCCCUGCGGAUCCCCCCGGCGGUUACUUGGCCACCUCUAAGGCUGCCUCCCCUCCGGUGAUCCAGACCAAAGCGGUGCCCAAGCACCCGCCCACAACCGGUGGCCUGCCUCCCAAUCCCCCGGCUGCUGCUGUGAUCCCGCCGGCAUCGGCAGACACCCGCCCGGCGGCUUCGGGUCAGCAAGCUUCCGGCUCCGGUCAGCCAGCGUCCGGCUCUGAGCCGCGAGUGGAUGAUGAUGACUUGGUCUACGCCGGGCUGGCCGACCUCCCGCUGAGCCAAGCAUCCCGGUUGCUGGUGCUUCUCUCCGAGGUGUGCCAGGACAACUUUUAUGCCCUGGCCAACCUGGGGCAGUACGACGUGGAGGCGCCGAUCUUUGUUUUGGCCGCACAGUCUACCCGGCCCGGCUCCGUUCCGGGGCAGUACCGUCCGGUUGGCGCACGCUCCAUGCCGGAGGGCCCCCGCUUACCGGACCGUGAAGGUGCAGCGGCCAUUGAGGAGAACUUGUUCGAUCCGGAUGCCCCGCUGACCCCGAGGCGCAUCAACACCGGUCCGUGGAAUAAGUCAGAAGGCUGGAUGCGCCUGUCCAUCUGCCUUCCGGACUCUCCCGGACUUACCACCAUGGGUGCCGAUCCAGCAGCCCCCGUCCGGCCUGACGCACCUCCGGAUCCGCGCGUCAUCCUUUGCACCUGUGUUGCCCACGGCACCGUGCUGUGUUCGGACCUUUUUGCAUCGGAUGGGACUGAGGCCGGUGCCCAAGCCCUGCUCGCCUCCUUCGGCCUCGCCUGGACUUCUUCUCUGCCCUCGGUUAUGUGUCCGGACACUCCGGCCCGGGAUGCCCUGGUGAUGGGAUCCGUGCUCUGCUUGAUCUGGUCCAGUUUGCGCUGGAACGACGGGCUCUGGUCUCCGCCCGGCCGUUUGGUGCUUCAGUACGACUCUUCCGCCGUGACUGGCCUGGCCACUCGCACGAAAAGUUGCCGUGCCUCCAUGCCUUGGGGCUGUCAACUGUUCGGCCUCACUGGGGGCCCCUCUGCCUGCUGGGGCCUGUCGUGGCUUAAUCUGGUGAACCGUGCCCUGGCGGACACCCGACUCCGUUUCCCCGGCCGGUCCGUGGAUUUUCUGCUGCCGUUGCUUGCUCCGGAUACCGAAUCCUUGGUCAUGGUUUCUCCUUUGCACCGGUCGCGGGCCAUGCCCUGGCUCCGGGCAUUGUUGGACGAACAUUGGCGAGAACACAGUUCCGGGCCGCCCCCUCCGGAACAUGCCCGCUUUGGGGUGCACUCGUGCAAAGCCACCGUCCUCAGCUGGGCCCGGCAGUGUCACUUGAGUCCGGAGCUUCGCCGCCUGCAGGGCCAUCACCGGCCGUCCGCUAUGGAGGGAUCCGUCCGCGUCUAUAGCAGGGACGACGUUGGCCCCAUGUUAUUGCUCCAAGCCGAAGUUAUCAACCGCAUCAGGCCCAGUGCCGCGGCUCCGGUGGAUGAUGUUCCGGAACUCUCGGCUGACAGUUCCGACUCUGAUGUGUCAACCGCGUCCGCCAGUGAAGUUGACACCUCAGUAGAGGUUCUUCUAGUCCGGGUUCCGGCCACCAACCACAUGGCUGCCGACUACCCCGCCGCGAGUUACUCGGCCUCUUCCCAGCAAGCGCCUGCUCCGGACGUUUGGCACACUUUCAGGGCGGCCCGUGGCCAUGACGGCGCAGUCCUGCUGCCUUCCGUCCCGGAACUGGUGGACCUGGAAGAGCUUAGCGAUGAGGACCUGCUGGCUAUGCUCCGCCGGUGCUCGGCUGGCUUCUUGGCACGCCUGGCCCGCCUCAUCGGCAGGAUCCUCCGCCCGGUGCCGCAAGUGGUGACCUGCCAUCUCCCUUGCGUGAACCCGGAAUGCAACCAGGUGUGUGGCCGGGUCAUCGACGUCACUCGCCGCCGCCAGCAUCGGAACCAUGCCUGUCGGGUUUGCCACAGUUUUGGAUGGUGA